AAAGCUGUUAAUCCUCAAGUAAAGAACAAAAAUGAAGAACUUUGUGAAGAUUUUAAUUUUCAUUUUAUUGGUCAAUGAAAGUUUACAGGAAAUUUUAUUUAUUGGCGAUUGGGACUGCUUAUUUCAUGGUACAGAAAUGUUCUACAAUGCAAUUAGCACGUCAUUACUAUCCAGAAAUCCUGAAAACGGUGCCUAUUCGAUAAGAAUUGACGAAAGUGAGACAAAAUCUUCAAUUGUUUAUGGAACUUUAAAUCAAUUAACGAUUCACGAUAUUGAAGCUCUUGUGGACUUAGUUAUCAUAACCUACGACAGGAAUGAUGUCAAAAUUAAGACUUUAACAUUUCCAUUGAAAGGUCCUCAACAUGAAAUUCAUUUUGAGACUCCUUUUGAACCAUCUGAAGAUUACAACAUUACUUUGAGAAUCUAUCAGUGCCAUAUGAUUGGAGGAGAUGCAGAAUCUGACGGUGAAGUGCGAGACAUGUUGGAAACUAUUAUUGAAAAAUUAGAAUAAAAAUUUAGCUUUUUGAUUUUUUUGUCCAAUUUUUUGUUGAAAAUAAAAUUAA